CCUUUCGUCCACUCUGCUUGCGCGACUCUCCUUCCGUAGUCCGUACCCUCCUCCCCCCUGCCUCGCCGGCGGCGACCGCACGUGCCCCCCUUCUCGCCGUCGCGCACCCACCCCCUCGCCGCCUGCCUCUCGCCCUCUCCUCGCGUGCGCGCCACCACCACCGGGGAGGCAGCCGGCGACCGCCGACCGACCGGAAAGGAACGGGACUCCGUCCGACGGCGCGCAUGGUGUCCGCCGCGGCGGCGGCGUCGUCGCUCCGCUGCUUCCCUCCCUCCCUCGGGAACCGUGGCCCCGGGGCCGCGACCGCGCGGGGUGGCCUCGUCAGGCUCUCCUCGCGGCGGGCCCGGUCCACGGCCGGCGUGGCGGCGCCGUCGCGGGAGGCGGAGUCGGCCGCCUCGCUGGGCGACCUCACCCGCGUCGACUUCCCUAUCCUUGACCAGGAAUUUGAUGGUUCCAAAUUAGUUUACUUCGACAAUGGUGCAACUUCGCAGAAACCUUCUUGUGUAAUGAAAACUUUGGAUGAGUAUUACCGGUUUUACAAUUCGAAUGUUCACCGUGGAAUUCAUGUUCUCAGUGCAAAGGCUACCGAUGCAUAUGAGAGUGCAAGAACAAAAGUUGCAAAUUUUGUCAAUGCAGCUAAUAGUAGAGAGAUUGUUUUUACACGUAAUGCUACUGAAGCUAUCAAUUUAGUAGCAUAUUCGUGGGGCAUGUCCAACUUAAAACAAGGAGAUGAGAUUGUUCUUACGAUUGCAGAGCAUCAUAGCGCUAUUGUUCCUUGGCAAUUUGUUUCCCAGAAGACUGGUGCUACUUUAAAGUAUGUUGGGCUAACCAAAGAAGGGGUUCCAGACAUUGAGCAGUUGAAAGGUCUUCUGUCAAACAAGACGAAGAUUGUUGUUGUUCAUCAUGUCUCAAAUGUACUCGGUUCAAUGCUUCCUAUUGAGGAUAUUGUAACAUGGUCAAACAGAAUUGGUGCUAAAGUUCUUGUCGAUGCUUGUCAAAGUGUUCCUCAUAUGCCUGUCGAUGUUCAGAGGCUUGGUGCAGAUUUUCUUGUUGCAUCAUCACACAAGAUGUGUGGCCCUACAGGCGUUGGAUUCUUGCAUGGAAAGUUUGACCUCUUAUCAUCCAUGGAGCCUUUCUUAGGUGGUGGUGAAAUGAUUGCAGAUGUGUUCCAAGACAAAUCCACAUAUGCUGAGCCUCCUUCUAGAUUUGAAGCUGGAACACCUGCGAUUGGAGAAGCUAUAGGAUUGGGAACAGCAAUUGAUUAUUUGUCACAAAUUGGCAUGCAGAAGAUCCAUGAGUAUGAGAAUGAGUUGGCGACCUAUCUCUAUGAGAGCCUUAUUGCUGUUCCAAAUGUUCGGAUCUACGGUCCAGCUCCAUGCCAAACUGUUCACCGCGCCCCAUUAUGUUCUUUUAAUGUUGAAAAUGUUCAUCCAACAGAUAUUGCCGAAAUUCUUGACCUCCAGCAUGGCGUGGCAAUUCGGUCAGGCCAUCAUUGUGCACAGAUAUUGCAUCGAACUCUUGGUAUCAAUGCAAGUGCUCGUGCUAGUCUUCACUUCUACAAUACCAAAGAGGAGGUGGAUGUCUUUGUCGAUGCGCUGAAAGAUACUAUUGAUUUCCUUACUUCUGAACACUAGUACCACGGUUCGAUUAGUAUACGGCAUUCUCCCUUUUUACAAGUUUCAGGUUGACUUUAUCUAGCCAAGGGGUCAUACAAUUACAAAAUGAAACAACCAACCAAAACAUGUGUAUUAGAUUGCCUACUUUGGCCUUUCUUGUAAAUCAAGUCCCUUUUUCUCCCAUCCCUGAAAUUUUGCAGAAGCUGAAUUUGUACAACAGAAUAAUUUAAGUGUUGCAGCAAGCUGUGAGAAAGCUCAUGACCUUGAAGGUUUAUUUGUAAAUUAUGCUGACCUGUAUGUUCUCUUCGUUGAAAAUCAUAAACAAGGUUACACAAGCAUAAACAAGUUUUUUUUUAACA